CGGAGCCCGAGUCCCACACUGGAGGCUGCGGGGGGCAGGAGCGCAGGCUGGGAAGAGUGUCCCGGCCCCGGACUCCUCGUUUUCUCCCAGCGACACACCGAACCGGGACUCACUUCUUUCCUUUUCCGGAAUUUGAACCACCGCCUCGGUCGUCUCGCAAUCGACACGCGAAGCCCGGGGCGAUGGACCCGUUUACGGAGAAACUACUCGAACGAACCCGUGCCAGGCGAGAAAAUCUCCAGAGGAAGAUGGCCGAGAGGCCCACGGCAGCACCGAGGUCUGUGCCUCUCGCCAAGCGCGCCAGAGAGCCGCUCGCAGAAGCCAGUAACCAGCAACCCCUGUCCGGGGGGCAAGAGAAAUCUUGUACAAAACCAUCACCAUCAAAAAAACGCUGUUCUGACAACACUGAAGAGGAAGUUUCCAACUUGGAAAAUGCACAACCGGUUGAGCCAGCUUCUGCCAAACCUUGUUCUCCAAGUCCUGUGUCCCCUCAGGCACAGCCACGGGCACCGGCUCGGGCCAGUGAUUCCCCGCCCGCCACCCAGGCAUCGCUGCUGGGCCUGCAGAGAGCGCUGAACACCAGGCCCGAGGCCUCUGCAGCCUCCUCUGUUAAAACACGGAUGCAGAAGCUGGCAGCCCAGCGGCGCCACUGGGAUAAUGAUGAGGUGACAGAUGAUACCCCUGAAAGCUCACUCAUCCCAGCGAUGCCAGCGGAGGACAAGGCGGCCUCCCCUCCCAAACCAGCAGAAGCCUCGGCAACUCCCGUGGGGAGGAGGGGCCGUCUGGCCAACCUUGCUGCCACUAUUUGCUCCUGGGAAGAUGAUGUCAGUCUCUCAUCGGCAAAGCAGAACAGUGCCCCAGGACAGCCUGGCACCACUUGUUUGUCCAAAGCUUCCUCUGCCAGCGGAGCAUCUGCUGGCAUCAAUGGCCGCAGUGUUGCGCAGGAAGCCGCAUGCUGCUCCCCGAGGGGUGACCAUGCCUCUCUGAGCAAAGCCCCGGCCUCGAGAGCCGCAGCCGCCUCCUUGCCUACAGGUGCCAUUUCCAGCGCUGCGAAAGCUGCUGCUUCCCCUGUGAAAGCUUCUAUAUCUGUCACCAAUGCUAAAAACUGUGAGGUACGAAAACCUGAGCGACUUCAAAAAACUCCUGCUAGUCCUUUGAAAACUGAGGUAUCGAAACCAAUCGGGAAAUCAGCUGAAUCCCAGACAGUUCGGCCCAAAGAAGAAGUAAAUAGAGAAACUUGUCUGCAGUCUCACUCUAAAGACAAAUCUACAACACCAGGAGCGGGAGUCAAGCCGUUUCUGGAGCGCUUCGGAGAGCGCUGUCUAGAACGCAGCAAAGACAGCCCCACGCGGAGCACACCCCACAGGACCCCCGUGGUCACUCCAAACACCAAGGCCAUCCAGGAAAGACUGUUAAAGCAAAACACAUCUUCAUCUACUACCCACGUAGCCCAGCGGCUCAAGCAGGAACGUGAAAAAGAACUAGCAUGUCUUCGAGGCCGAUUUGACAAGGGCAAUUUAUGGAGUGCAGAAAAAGGCGAAAACUCAAGAAGCAAACAACUAGAAACCAAACAGGAAAUUCACUCUCAGAACACUCCCCUCAGAAAACAUCAAGUUUUUUCAAAUAUCCUGUCACGUCCAGAAACAGAAAAGGAAAAGGUGGCAGGAAAGCAGACUCCAGCACAGCCCCCCAGCCCAGAGCCCGCAGGUUUCACUGAAUGUGAAAUGACGAAGUCUAGCCCUUUGAAAAUAACACUGUUUUUAGAAGAGGAAAAGUCUUUAAAAGUAACAUCAGACCCAAAGGUUGAGCAGCAGACAGAAGUGGUACGUGAAAUUGAGAUGAGCGUGGAUGACGAGGAUGACAUCAAUAGUUCGAAAGUGAUUAACGACAUCUUCAGUGAUGUCCUGCAGGAGGGCGAGCUGGAUGUGGCCAGGAGCCCGGAGCAGAUGGGCCAGGCGGGAGCUGAGAGCGGGGAGGACCAGGAGGAUGCCCUGAAUAUCUCCUCGAUGUCGCUGCUUGCUCCGCUGGCACAGACAGUCGGCGUGGUAAGUCCAGAGAGUUUCGCUUCCUCGCCUAGAUUGGAACUGAAGGGCAGUAGCAUACAUGACGAGAGUCCCAAACCAGGAAAGUUCCAGAGAACCCGUGUCCCCCGGGCCGAGUCUGGUGACAGCCUUGGUUCUGAGGACCGGGACCUUCCUUACAGCAUCGAUGCGUACAGAUCUCAGAGAAUCAAAGAAACAGACCGUCCUUCAAUUAAGCAGAUUGUUCGGAAGGAAGAUGCUACUUCAAAAUUGGAGGGAAAAAGGAAUGCUGAAGAAAAGAGCGUCUUUCCUUGUCACGUGAACGUCAAGCAGAAAAUGCAGGAACUCAACAAUGAAAUCAACCUGCAGCAAACGGUGAUCUACCAGGCCAGCCAGGCCCUGAACUGCUGUGUGGACGAGGAGCACGGGAAGGGGUCCCUGGAGGAAGCCGAGGCUGAAAGGCUGCUUCUGAUCGCAACUGAGAAGAGAACGCUUUUGAUUGAUGAGCUGAAUAAACUGAAGAGUGAAGGAUCUCAGAGGAAGAACAAGGCUGGUCUCCUCUCCCAAAGUGAAUUUGUCCCGUCCAAAGGGUCAGUCACUUUGUCAGAAAUCCGUUUGCCUCUUAAGGCAGAUUUUGUCUGCAGCACAGUUCAGAAACCAGACGCAGCAACUUACUCCUUCCUGAUCAUACUGAAGGCAGGAGCCGAGAACAUGGUGGCCACCCCGCUGGCAAGCACUACCACUUCUCUGAAUGGCGAUGCCCUGACGUUCUCCACCACGUACACUCUGGAAGAUGUGUCCAAUGACUUUGAAAUCAGUAUUGAAGUUUACAGCUUGGUGCAAAAGAAAGAUUCCUCAGUGCCAGAUAAGAAGAAAAAGGCAUACAAAUCCAAGGCUAUCACUCCAAAGCGACUUCUCACAUCUAUAACUACAAAAAGCAGUCUUCAUUCUUCAGUGAUGGCCAGCCCGGGCGGUCUCCAUGCUGUGCGCACCAGCAACUUUAUCCUUGUUGGAUCUUACAUGCUGUUCUUGUCUUCAGUAGGAAACACUAAGUUUGCUCUGGACAAGGUGCCCUUUUUAUCUCCUUUGGAAGGUCAUAUUUAUUUAAAAAUAAAAUGUCAAGUGAAUUCAAGUGUUGAAGAAAAAGGUUUUCUAACCAUAUUUGAAGAUGUGAGUGGGUUUGGUGCGUGGCAUCGAAGAUGGUGUAUUCUGUCUGGAAACUGUAUCUCCUACUGGACUUACCCCGAUGACGAGAAACGGAAGAAUCCCAUAGGAAGGAUAAAUCUGGCCAAUUGUACCAGUUGUCAGAUAGAACCAGCCAAAGAAUUUUGCACAAGAUGCAACACUUUUGAAUUAAUUACUGUCCGACCACAAAGAGAAGAUGACCGAGAGACGCUUGUCAGCCAGUGCAGGGACACACUCUGUGUCACCAAGCACUGGCUGUCCGCAGACACCAAGGAGGAGCGGGACCUCUGGAUGCAGAAGCUCAAUCAAGUCCUUGUGGACAUUCGCCUCUGGCAGCCUGACGCCUGCUACAAGCCUCUCGGGAAGCCCUGAGCGGGCAGUUCCCGCGCCGCCCAGCGGUGGCUUUGAGCUCUGUCAUACGUGUAUCUUACGAGCGGCAGAUAUGCUGAUGGCAUUUUAUGCUUUAAAAACAAAAGGGUAUGUGCCAAUAUUCACUACAUAUUAUGCAGUAUUUAUUUCUUUCAUAUGUAAAACUUCAACUGAUUUGUCAUUCAUAAAUUGCCUGGAGGAAAUUUAUUAUAGUUGAUUUUGCUAAAUCUUAAUCUAAAAGCCUCAUUUCCUAGAAACCUGAUUACUCAGUUAUUCACGAGAAAAUGUUUGUUUUUAAGUAAGAAAUUGUAAGUUGUCUUGUUGGAGCUGUGGGUCUCUCAGCACAGAGGGGUCUUUGGGAGUUAGAGUCACUCUUUAGCCUCAUACGUCUUCCUGUGGGUUGUGGGCCUCUAUUGGAUAUAUCUUGUUACUGUCGCACUGAAGACAUUUCUUAGGGACUUUACGGAACAUUUUUAGUAAUGGAGGCAAGGGCUUUCUCAAAGAGCAAAUGGACAUUUAAGCUGAGGCUUCUCCGAACAGGAGAUGCGGACUUAGGGGAUAUUGUGUGAGAUUUGGGGGUAAGAUGUUUAUUUAGAAGACUUAAUAAUCACAUGGUUUACAUUUGCUGUUUCUGAAGAUGCUGCCUGGUACACAUUUUCCUAAAAUGUAGCUUUCAGAAGUAAUUAUUUUUGCUUUAUAGCUAACAGACUCCUCAGAUAUACUUGGCAUGUUAGUUUUUUUCUGUUCCUGUAACAAGAACAAAUGUAAAUUGAAUUUUUAUAUAAGAAAGAAAACUUCACAAGCUGCUGUGGACUAAUACUUGGCUUGCCAAAGCUCUUGACUUUACUUUUCAUGUCAUAUAUGACAGUGUCUAGAAAUCCGUUAUGAAAUCUGUUGAAAAACUAUUAAGUAAUGUAUUUCUUUAAAAGCCUAACACUUUAUUUUUGUGUUAUAAAAUAUUGUAAAGCAUGGUCUCAAACUUUUAAGUACACUUUAAGUUUCUUCUCUAAAUUGUUAAAGUUAUUGAUGUUCUCAUUUAUAAACACUAAAUUCUGUCACCUCCUGUCAUUUUAUCUUUUAUUCAUUUGAAUGUGUUUUUUCUUAUGUGUAUUAUAAAAUGUGUUUUAUGAUCUCUUACCUAAAUAAAUACUUGCAAAUGGCUUAA